AUGUGGCUUGUUCCUCCUUACCAUAAGCCUCUCUCUAUUACACACUACUUCCUCCUCAAGCUUCAAACCCAAACCUCUGAUUCACUGACCCAUUUUCCUCAACUAUAUAAUCAAAGCUUGAAAGUGCUGAUCAUAUUUUUCAGUAUGUCUGAUUCACUCGGUGCAUUCAAGCUUCACUCUUACUGCACUCCAAAUCCCACCAUUAUUUCUCCAUCAUCAGCUCCAGAAAUAACUCCAAAUAAUCCUUAUUCUCUCUGUGCCCACUGUUACGUUGGAGAAGAAGCAGGUAUUACAAGCAGCUCAUCAAGGUGGAGUCCAACACCUGCGCAACUGCUAUACCUUGAGCAAGUUUACAGACAAGGAACUAAGACGCCAACGGCUCAACAAAUCCAGGUAAUAGCUUCGCAGCUACGUCGUUUUGGCAAGAUCGAAGCCAAGAAUGUCUUCUACUGGUUCCAGAACCACAAAGCAAGAGAGCGCCAGAAACGUCGUCGUUGCGCCGACAUGGAAAUCUCUCCUCCCCCUUCUUCUCCUUCUGCUCUGCAAGAAAAAGAUCAUCAUAUGUGCGCUAUGGGAUUAACCUCACAAAACCUAUCACCCCUACACGUUCUUCAAGGAUUGAGAGGGACAAGUUAUGAAGUUAAAGAGACAAAGAAGUGGUCAUCUUCUUCAAACUGCAGUGCACUUGCAGAGGUCUCUGAUCCGCUGAAUAGAGCAGAAAGAGGAGCUUAUAGAAGGACUCAAAGGGAGGAGAGAGAGACACGGAUUUUGAGAAUCAAGAGAGAGAAAAGCCAAGAAGCUAAGUGCCAAAUUGGAGAUAUGUCUUGCUUCCUUUCAAAUUCCAAGCAUCUCAUCAAAAGCAUUACCACUUCAACUACAACUCAUCAUACACAAAAUUCAAACCCUACAAAUUAUGAUCGUUCUGCUGAAGAAGAAGAAGAAGUUGCAGAUGACAGAACCCUUGAGCUGUUUCCUCUUGAGCGAUCAGAUGAAGAUGAGGGCCUUUGUGUCACUGAAAGAAGGAAAGAGAAAUUCUGUUCCUUCAAUGCUUCCAUGGACUCUGAAAUCACUUCCAAUCAGUUUUUUGAGUUCCUUCCCUUACGAAACUGA